CUUAACCAAGAUGCCAAAUUAUCUAAUUUGUUUCUCCAGGCAAGCAGCCCAACAACAGGAGCAGCUCCCAGGAGCCAGUCAAGAUUGUCUGUCUGUCCAUCCACACAGGACAUCUGCAGGUAAGUACUGGGGAAAUGUUCCUAUCAAUAUUCCUUAGACCAGUGUUUUGUAUUUUUCAUUUUAUAUACUGAGAAUGUGUGGCUCUUGCUUCUGCUUCACGUUGUCCAUGGGCAAUUUAUACUGGCUUAAUUUUUCCCUUUUAGUUCCUUUUCUUCUGUUGCUCUUUAUUUACCAACUUACAGUCAUUCUGUCAUUUUCAUCAUUCUCUCUUUCUCUCUCUCUCUGUUUUUCCAUGACUUUCCUCUCCAUUCCCAUUUCCCAUCCUUUGCCUGCCGCUUUGUCUAGAUCUGCCACCUUGCAUAAUAUGUCAGAAGAUACAUUUGAGCACUGCACCCCUGUCAUGGUGUUGAGCCCUGCUAGAAAGGAGUCUGGUAAGAAAACAGUAAAACAGAAGCCUAGUAGGAGGAGAAGGGUCUCUGAGAGAUAUGAGCAUGCAGAAGAGCAAACAAAAGGGAGAAGAAAUGAUUUUCAUCUCCAGCUCUCAAAUCCCAGAUGGAGAGAACUUUACAUAGAUUCUUCAGAUUCUUCUUCCACAGAUGAGAGUCAAUGGAUUCAGGCAAAAAGGAAAGCCCAGGUUAAAUUCAGACUGUCACGAAGAAGGAGAAAUACUGAUAAGCCAUGUGGAAGUGUGUCUGGGUCUUCCAACCCUAAUGGAAUUGAGCUUGUUCAUCUGGGAUCCAAAGGUGAAAAGCAACAGGAGUUGAUGGAAUGUGAGAGUUGCUCUUUAAACCUCUGCAGAGGAAAAGUCAUACGGUACCAAGAACGCAGUCCUUCUCUCCCAAAAGAAUCCUUUGAGCUGAAGAGACCCUCAAGGAACUAUGAGGGAAGCAAAGGCAGGUACCGCCACAAAGACUCUAAGUUCUUGCAUACUCUUAGACAAAAUGAAGCAAUCAAGAAAAGAUCUUCAGAAAUGGAUUCCAGCACUGAAAUACUGGCAGGUACAGAAGGUGGGAGGUAUGUGGAAGACACUGGGAGCCAGGUGAAUAACUCCAUUCAAAAGCCUCCUACAGACCAUGAUGAUGGGUCUGAUAACUUAGAAGUAUGCAGGAUCUGUCAUUGUGAGGGCGAUGAAGAGAGCCCCCUCAUCACCCCCUGCCGCUGCACAGGGACCCUGCGCUUUGUCCACCAGUCCUGCCUCCACCAGUGGAUCAAGAGCUCAGACACACGCUGCUGCGAGCUUUGCAAAUAUGACUUCAUAAUGGAGACCAAGCUUAAGCCCCUCCGGAAGUGGGAAAAACUACAGAUGACCACGAGUGAAAGGAGGAAAAUAUUCUGCUCUGUCACAUUCCACGUCAUUGCCAUCACCUGUGUGGUUUGGUCCUUGUAUGUUCUGAUAGACCGGACAGCAGAGGAAAUCAAGCAAGGCAAUGACAAUGGUGUCCUUGAAUGGCCAUUUUGGACAAAACUGGUUGUGGUGGCCAUUGGUUUCACAGGCGGUCUCGUCUUCAUGUAUGUACAGUGUAAAGUCUACGUUCAGUUGUGGCGCAGGCUGAAGGCCUACAACCGUGUGAUCUUUGUGCAAAAUUGCCCAGACACUGCCAAUAAACUGGAGAAGAACUUCUCAUGUAAUAUAAACACGGACAUCAAGGAUGCUGUGGUCGUGCCUGUAUCACAAACAGGUACAAAUUCACUGCCAUCUGCAGAGGGUGGCCCCCCUGAAGUUAUACCAGUUUGAUGGAACAAGAUGGGAGUCACUUCACUGCAGGAUACCUUUCUAGCCCUCAGCCACUACAAACAGAAGUGAUCCAGCAUUAUUCACCCUCAUAUUUUCUCCUUUCUCCUACUGACUCAUGAUUCCUUACUUUGCUCCAAAAGAAAGGAGGAAAAGACAUCAAAUGACUAGGAUCCUGUGAAGCAGAGCCUAACGUGGGAUAUGGAAAUGAAGUUUACUAGAAAAUGAUUUCUAAGACAAUAAAGAAUCAUUGGUUCAAGGAAUGUGUUCAGGCAAUGAUGGAUGAUUGAAUGGAUCCAUGAUACUCUUUACAGCAGCAGGGGAAGAGUUCAAGAACACAGACUUUAAUGUGUUUCUUCUUGGGGCCAUGUAAUGUGAGCCAUCUCAACUGCAAAGAACAAACGUAUUUGGUCUUAAGUCGGAAACUGUCUGCAUUAUCCCUCAGUCACAAUGGAAGCAAGCUUGGAGGAUGUGUUUUUUGAUAUACAUUGACAGUUGAUUUUUAUGGCUAUUGUGGAGUCUGGUUAUUUUGACAGAUGCAUGUGUUAA